GGCCAAUAUUUGGCCCAGCAAAACAAAAGCAGAGUACAUGACUGAGGAGCAGACAGUGCAGACAGUGACGCAAGAAGAGGAGCAAGCAAAAGGGCAAACGACAAUUUAUAAUUUAUGGUGUCGGGGAGAUGGACUGUAUGAGGGCGGACAGUCUGCAAAAUGGAUAUCCUUCAAAAACGGAUUCGUGAGAGUUCGUGAGAAAGACUGGGUUACGAUCCGUGAAGAGGGAUGGGCUAGUGAUACGGAGAGGUCGUUUUAUGUUCCUCCAUGGCAUUCUUGUGAAGUAUUGGGCAGCUGCGAGUUCAAAUUCACUCGAGCUUAAGUUGUGUGAGCCCGAGCUGCAGGAGACCUCGCAUUAUAUCUUCACGGCCGAUCGUGAUAGUGAAGCAGCAAUCUUUGUCACCGGUGGGUAUUAGGCCGGUCACGAAACUGGAGGUUUUCUCGCCCCGCUCCCUCUCUGAAUUCCAUUGUUUACUUGUUUCGAUUCCUUUCCGCAUUAUGUAGAACAAUUUAUCAAUGUUCUCGAGCGGUAUGUUCGUGUAUGCCAGUUGUAUUUCUGCAGUAUU